AUGUCUGCUCAUCCCUUGUCAGCCGCUGCUCUUUUCAACUUGAAAGGAUGGGUCGCAGUUGUUACUGGAGGAAGCACUGGUCUCGGUCUGGUCGCAGCACGCGCGUUGGCUGCAAACUGUGCCAAGGUCUACAUCACUGGGCGUCGUAGUGAUGUCCCAGAAAAAAGCGCUGCAAUUCAUGGAUCUCAAGAGGCCCUUGGGCCAAGCGGCGGUACUAUAAUCCCUCUUCAGAUGGAUGUUACCUCAAAGGAAAGCAUUGAGAAGGCUGUGCAGACUAUCCAGAAGGACAACGGUUAUGUCAAUGUACUGCUCAACAAUGCUGGCAUUGGCUCGGGCGUGCAGCAGCAGCAGCAUCUGAUGGAGCCGAAGUAUAUGGAUGUUGUUAACGAUUCGCAGUGUAGCAAGGCGGCCGUGAUUCAUUUGACGCGCAUGCUAGCUUGUGAGCUGAGCCAUGAGAAUAUCAAAAUCCGAGUAAAUGGGAUAUCGCCAGGGUACUUUCCAACCGAGCUUACAACAAACGCAUUAGAUUCUCAGAAUGAGAGUCCUUGGCCCCAGGAUGAAUUUGAGAAAGAAAUAAAACGCGUUGGUGCCAAAGCCAAUCGGCCAGGUACAGCCCAAAAAUUUGCUACAGUGAGCCCCACAUUCCAGCACGAUAAGUGA